GUCUGUAUAUAAUAUGUAUCUAUAUUGAAAGAAGAAGAUGAAGACUUGAAUCUCUACAAGACAACGUCUACACAUUCAUGAACGCCAAUCUACCACUCUCUUGUUUAUUAGAUUACCUACAUCCAAUAUGUACCACUGUGAUUACACCGCCAGUAACACACAGUGCUGAACUGUCAUCAAAGGGAAAGUAGGCAAGCGAUUUGUGGGACGGAAGCGGAACUGUUUUCUCGUGCUCUUUUUCUAUAUGUCUGUGAUUUGUUUGACUCGAACGCCAGGAAUAACUUCAUCACGGAACAAACGUCAGAACGGAUUUGUCCACGGCUCAUUCUGGGUCUGAAGAGCUCUUAGAGUGAAUACGUUGUUCGCGUCCGAUUGAGGAUUAAUAGCAAAGUAAUAACCAAGUGUCCGCUGGCCCAUCAAUUAGGGCGGUGGAUGGAAAUCGAUCCUAAACACGGGAAUUGACAAAUUACGCGGAUAUGGCUGCAACGUUCCUCAAACUUCUCGCUAAGAUUGGACCAGCACAAGGGAAGUUCUCACAAGAAUGUGCCACACAACUCGACCACUGUCCGCAAGGACACGAGAUGGCGCCAUGCCCGGAGGAGGCGGGGUCAUUCAAAUGUAAGCAGUGCUCGGACGCCACCUUCCAACCGGACAGAAAUGUCUGGGGAGACAAAUGCCGUCUCAGGAAGGUGUGUGAUUCCCGGCCGAACAUGACCUACAAGGACUACGGUAGUACUAUCAGGGACGCAGACUGCAAGUGUAGUCCAGGCUUUCACUUCGAAAACAUAGACCAGCGCGCAUGCGUACCAAAUAAAGUAUGCGACAAAGGAUAUGGACAAGGGGAUUAUGGGAAAUGUGAAAAAUGCAUUGACAUCAACAUGUACUCAGACAAAAAGGACAAAAUCCAGAGAUGCCAGCCCUUAACAAAUUGUGAAAAGGACAGUCGGUGUACAAAAACAAAAAGCAAUGGGACAUUCGACAACAUAUGUGGAAGUAAUAGAGUUAAAGAUGUCUCAAAAUGUGAAAAUGCCACUGCUGACAACGGAGUGGGAAACGAUCAAGGCAUUCUGGGUACAGGGGCAAUCAUUGGUCUCGUUGUUGGAUCUGUCGUUCUCAUUCUCUUCAUCAUUUUAAUCUUCAUCUGUCUAAGGCGUCGACGACAAUCGCGACAUGUAGAGGAUCCACUUACUGAGGACCAGUUUAAAAAGUUAAUGGAAAGAAUAAUUGAGAAAUCGGACGAAGAGGAGGCGUAUUGUAAGAAAGUGCUGAGUGCGUCGUUCCGGGAGAUAGAAGACAGGAUAGACCGACAGAAAUGGUCACUCGCCCAGGAACUGUUCCGGAACCACUACCAACCCGCCAUGUACGAAGUCAUCGUCGAUAAGUAUAAAGACAAAGAGUGUAAGUUUGCCGUGAAUGGCUACCUUCAGGAUUGGCGUGAGUACAUGGGUGAGACGGCACAAUCUGUACAGUUCCUGUUCAGAUGUCUAAAACAGUGUAGACGGGAAGACAUUGUGUAUGAGAUCUGUAACAAAUUCAGAGAAGGCUACCCGGAAGUGGUCAUUGACGCUGAAGCACAAUUAGAGAAUGGUGUGGUGAAGAAACGGAAGCCAAAGUCGAGCUACAGCAACGGACUCCUGUCGUCGAUAUUCCCGUGUUCAAGCUGUGGUAAAAACAACGAACAUGGCAAAGCAAACAAACAAGAAAAUAACGAAACAAAAGACAAACUGUUAAACCUUGAAUCAUCACCAUCUAAAGAGGAGAGCAUGUCUGGAAAGGACGCCCUUGACCUACAACCGCAAGAGGCGGGUGCUAUAUAUAGAGAUAGACCAAGUCCUAGUGCGCCAGUCAUAGACGAGGCGGGUCACGUGCACGUUGUAGUUCCAUUCAAUCGUGCGAUGUCUUUCCCUAUACAGGCUAGUUCGUGAUCAAAGGGUCAACUGUGAAAGGUCACACCACAUGAUAAAACACGACAGGCGACCAUCUCUAUUGUGUUCAACGUUUCAUUCAUUUUGUUAAGCGGAUCAAAGAUCCCGAGUAGAAAUCAUGAGUAUAUGUAUGAUGGUUGUGCUGAGGCUUCAGCAUACAGCGGUAUAUGUGUUUGCGUAAAUGCAUGCAUAAAAAACUUUCAUAGAACAAAGCUUGGUAUAUGUAAAGUGCUGACAUCAAAGUAUCUGUCGAUGUGGUUGAAAUAAAACGACGAACUACUGGAUUUAAAGACGAGAACAUCUUGUUUGACGAAUUUUCCUGAAAGUUUAAAUGUCUCUUCGUCUUAAGUUUUAUUCAUAGGGAAGAAUUUCUUCAUGGAACAGCCGCACUCGAUGUGGAUCGUUUUAAGUUCAACCACAAGAAAGUAGCUGAAUGAAGGACAGCUGUGACAUAAUGCUUAUUUACAAUGGAGGUGUUUUAUCAAAGGACCUUGUUCACUAUGGAUUCUAAUUAAUUCCCUGAAGGAUUUUUUUUUCUUUUAGUUGAACAUCUAAAAAGAACAUAUUGAUUGUUUCAUGGCGGAUAAUAAAAAUGUAUCCGAACCUAAAUGUAAUUUUUAUAGUCAAAGUUUGAUGGAAUAAUACACUCUGUGAAGUAACAUGUCUCUUGAGACAAUAACGUCGUUCGCGGUGGAACUAGGUAUUAAAGUAUGAGUGAACAGAAGUAUUGUAUGAACGUGUGUGGAUUUUAUUGAACAUUUUGGUUUAAUACAUAUGUAUUGUUAGCCUCCGGGGAUCAAUUCAUCAAUCUUACUGUGUGAAACAAUUAUUUUUUCAUUAAUGUCAUACUUUUUAAAUGAUAAAUGUCCUGAAACAGUGAUGUCUUGCUGUUAUUUUCUCGAUUGUUAAUUUGUUAUCAUCAUGACACGUGAACUUAUAUCGAAGUUAUGCUCAAUUGAGAUAUGAUCCACAAAAACAGCUGGUGAGCAUCAUGGACGACCAUUGUAAUUAAAUCAUGUAAUUCAGAAAUCACUGUGGUGUACUACAUGUGGGAUUUGCAAUAUCUGAUCACCAUUAAGAAAUACCUUGUAUUGGUCACAACAAAAAUGCUCGAUUUUCACAUUACAUUUUCAUGGUUUUAUGUCGAUUUAAGUAGCACCAUAUGAUACGAUGUAGAACGAAAUAAAGGUAAGAUUUUUUUUUGUUCGGCGUUAACGUCAUUGUGGAACAUUGAAGUGCUACUUUUUGGGUGCGGACAUGUCUAAUAUGCACUGUUAGUUCAGUUAAAUGUAGAUUUCCAAAUGCUUUAAUUAAAUAGAUUUUAUAACACAGGAUUAUAAAUGAUGUAUUCCCAUUUUACGGCUUAACACAUGAUAAAUCACACAAGUGACAUCAUAGGUAAGGGUCAUGACAUGAAAGUUAAAUGCUAAAAUUAAGCAACUAGGGUGGGCCUGUCUUCCUGAUGUAGAAUACAUGUAACCAGACAUCUAUAUAGGUCUGGCCGGAACUGGUGUAGAUCCGUAGUUAGUUUUGCGUCCAGACAAUGCAAUUGGAUUUUAUCCCCACUAAUAACAUGCAAAAUUAAGACAGAGCUUAUAGAGAUAUCAUGUUUGUGUAAAAUUCCAUUCCUAAAUGGUAUGUACACAGCGUUAUCUCCCCUAAUUAGCAAAGAUAACGCUGUAAUCACCCACAGCCCCGAUAAGACCAUUUCAUAUGUUGUCAUAUGAUUGGCAUUUGUCCGACGUUGUCAUGGAAACUCAGUAUAAUGACCUGUCAUUUCAAUAUGCGAUGUGUCACAUUACCCGGGAUCUGUGCGUUUUUAUAUCACGUGAUAUUUAACAGUUUCCUGAAAUACGUUAUCAUGCAUAAUUUACCUGAUAUAUAACUAUUUGUAAAUACGGCGAGGAUAGAGAUAUCCCGAAGUUUGUGCUUAUCAGUAUAAUUUACGUAUUUGGCAGGUGCUUAACUCGAAUUAAAUGAAAGAGGUGUACGCACAUGUAUGCCCUUUUAUUCAUUUCGUUUUUUAUGUUAGAUGGAAUAGAAUUUGCUUCAUACUUGGUAUGUGGCCUUUGUUGGUUAAUACGUUAUGUAAAAAUCGCGUUUAAAAAAGUUUGAAAAAAAAUUAAUUUCAUAAACUCGAUUUCGAGAUUGUGAUUAAAAUACUUAAGUAGUGGCUAAUACUGUGAAAUUAAUGUAUUAAUAUAUUUUAACUCUUUAGAAUUCCAUUCAUUUGUAGUGUAAAUUUAAAAACAAAUGGACAGAAAGAAAUAUAUUGGCAUGAUCAUUCAGAGGGUAUCCAUGUUAUCUCUAUCACACAAAUCGAGUUUAUUUUGCAAUAUGUAUGUGUGCUGAAUAUUGGUAUAACUAUGUUAAAAGCAAGAUUCUACAAACUGUACCUAGUAAUUAUGUGUUUGUCUUUUUCAUUUAUAUACAUUUCAUAUUCGUUAGUUUGUUAUAUUUAGUCUCACAUUCCAUCAUUGCGACUUAAUCUAUAAUUUUUUUUUACAUAUAAUCAAUAACAUGUUAAUUGCAUAGAUCAUUACUAAUAAGGUAGAUUGUAUUUCGCUGUUUUGCAUAUUUUGAAUAUCUUGCCCUUUUGCAAUCACCCUUUGUUCCCUCGCUUGCCAACCACAGGGUCAACUUUAGGUCGGUAUAAUUCUCAGUGUUUGUGUGGUCACAGCUAGAGAAGCAAACACCAAGACGCACACGAAAAAAAAAAUCUUGUAAGCACGUUUUAGUGCAAGCCUGUAUGGUAAAUAACCAAAGCUCCUGCUGUGGUGUUUCACUGACCGGUGGAACACGGGGUAAUUUCUAAAUGACGUCUGACAAAUCAAUUCUUUUUAGCUUUCUCGUCUCAGUUUUCCGCUCCGGUCUUGAUGAAAAUAUCAAUGUAUGCCCAUUAGUCCCAGAUAAAUGUGAAUGUCCCAUGUCCCGCCUUCAACUCCUACCCCAUAUAUUUUGUUGUAUGUCUAGAUUUAAACUCAUUUUGUUUAUUUUUAAUCUAUUUUAUAUAGUGCGAAUCCAAAUGACGAUGUCAUCUGCUUUGAAAAGAUUUGCCACGCGUUGUGCUUUCUGCUAUUUUAACAAAUCAAACACCUACCAUUGAAAUUAUUCUUCGUUCUAUACAAAACAAAGCUGAUCAGAUUUUUUUUCACAUUUUGUAUUUUUGCGUACGACGUCAUCAUAUGGUGCGUACUUGUGAUACUGUGUCUGAUGAAAUGCUUAUUAGCUAUAUAUACAAAUCUGGAUUUAUUUGUUUUCCUUAUAUGUAAUGUGUACUAUACUACUUGCAUUUUGUCCCAUUGUUGGGAUAAGCGAUGUUGGUUUAUGAAUUAGCCAAAUAAAACAUAUUUUUGAUUA